UAAUCUUAAUCCUAAAAGGCUAUAUUGAAUGAGAGUGAGAAAUUGAAGAAGUUGUGAGAGAUUGAAGAAUGGGACGUUCAGUACGAGAACAAGUGUGGUGGGUGGUGGCGAUUGUUACAUGUUUAGGGUUCAAAGGGGGAAGUAAGGCGUGUUCGGAAGAAGAGAGAGAAGCUCUUCUCAAACUGAAAGAAUCUUUCAAUCAUCCAAAUGGCUCGUCUCUUCCUUCUUGGAAUAACCUUACCAGUUCUGAUUGUUGUAGCUGGGAGGGAAUCAGCUGUGACAACACUCAGAGAGUGAUAAGCCUUCUUCUGAAUCAUACAAGAGGUCAAGAGUUGGAACACAUCAAGUGGUCUUUGAAUGUUUCUUACUUUCUCCCUUUCCAUAAACUCAGAGAUUUGGAUUUGUCUGGAAAUUACUUGUCAGGGCUAUUUGGCGAAAUUAGAUUGGACAACUUGCAAACUUUGUAUCUGGACGAAAACAUGCUCACGGAAAUCCCAUUCCUUGAUAUUUCUCUUUCCUCCCGCAAUUCGAAGACUUCGGCUUUCUCUUUCAAUUCCUCCUUGUUGGCCUUUUUUGAAGGACCCUUCCCUUCCUUGCUCUUUCAAUCUCUAAAGUCCCUCAGAAUCAUUUCUUUAGAAGAAAACCAUUUCACUGGCAUAGCAUCGCUUUCUUUGCUGGCCAACCACUCCAACCUUAAACUCUUCUCAAUUUCAUGCUCUAGUAAUCCCAGUCUCAAGCUCGAAACUGAAAAUCCCCCAUUUUUCCCUUCUUUCCAAUUAAAGAUUUUCAGCGUAGUCAAGUGCAAUAUGAAUGAAGUAAACAAUCACAGAAUACCCUCUUUUCUUCUUCAUCAACAUGAAUUGAGACUUCUGCAACUUACUUUUUUGAACUUUCCAGCAAGUUUCCCACAUUGGCUUUUGACAAACAACAGCAAGUUAGAUUCUUUCAAUGUCAGCAACAACUUAUUGACUGGUCCCUUUGAGCUCAACUCCACCUCAAAAUUACUUGACAUGCAAUAUUUUGAUGCUUCCUCUAACCCUAUUAAUGAUAAAAUCCCUCCUCAUAUUGGCUCUGUUUUUCCCAACUUGCUUUCUUUGAACAUGUCUUCGAGUUCCUUACAGGGUGAAUUUCCAGCUUCAAUCAGUGACAUGGGACAGCUGAACUCACUAGACUUGUCCAAUAACAAUAUGUCUGGCUGUUUACCCCAGGAAUUUGGGAAGGGCAGCAAUGAUUUGAGGUCUCUAAAGCUGUCAAACAACAACUUAAUUGGCCCAUGUUUACCAGUUGGUUCAAACUUUGCACAUUUGUUGUCUGUGGAUCUAAGUAGCAACAACUUCAAAGGAAAACUACCAGAUGGGAUCAGUAAGAGUUCGGAAUUAAGAAUGUUGGAUUUAAGUUCCAACCAACUCUAUGGUGAAAUGCCUAGCUGGAUUGGAAACUUAAAGCAUUUGAGUUACCUCAUUUUGUCUCAAAAUUCUAUGGUAGGUCCAGUACCAGAAAGCUUUUGCAAUUUGGUUGAACUUUCAUACCUAGACCUUUCGCAAAACAGAUUCAAUGGCACUUUUCCAAGCUGUGUGAAUAUGCCAUCAUUGAGGUACUUGCAUUUGCAGGGAAAUGAUUUUACUGGCCCCAUUCCUUCUGUUUUCGCCAAAUCUCCCAUGCUAUUAACUUUGGAUGUGGCAAAGAACAGAUUUUCAAGUCAAAUUCCCUGGUGGUUAAAGUCGAUGUUGAAUUUAAGAGUCCUUCUCCUAAAAGGAAACAAGCUUGAUGGUUCCAUUCCUAUGGAAGUGUGCAGGCUCAAGAACAUAAGCAUACUAGAUCUGUCACAAAACAUGCUUUCCGGAGGGAUACCACAUUGCUUGAAUAACGUCACAUUUAUAAAGCAGGAUGUGAUGGGAGGAGCCAAAAUAGGAAAAUUUGUUGUACCCUGGUCUACAAGAAGCCCGUUAUUUGUCAUAAAUGGUACAAGUGGUGAGCUUCUCCAAGGUGAAUAUGAAAAGAAUUUUUCAUGGUACGAGGAAAUAGUGGUGAACUUCAUGUCAAAAAGCAGGUACGAAUCAUAUGAAGGAAAUAUAUUAGAUUUCAUGUCUGGCCUAGACCUCUCGGACAACCAUUUGACAGGUAAAAUCCCUUCACAAAUUGGAUACCUGAAUGCUAUUCAUACAUUAAAUUUGUCAAACAACUAUUUGACUGGGCCUAUUCCAGACACGUUUUCUAACCUUGAACAGAUUGAAAGUUUAGAUCUUUCGUACAACAAAUUGACGGGUCAUAUUCCUUCUCAACUUACGCAGUUGUACUCUUUGUCUGCCUUUUUUGUGGCUCACAAUAAUCUAUCUGGUAUGGUGCCUGACAUGAAAAACCAGUUUGCAACUUUUGAUCGAAGUUCUUAUGAAGGGAAUCCUUUUCUUUGUGGCCCACCUCUACAGCACAUUUGUUCAUCUCUUGAUGAACCAGCAGGGAGACAAAUACACCCACAUUCUGCUAAAGUUGACUUAGAUGAUUUCGUAUGGAGUUUUGCAGGAGCAUUUGUGGUUUUUUUUCUGGGUGUAAUUAGCUUUAUGUAUUUCAAUUCUUACUUUUACAAUUAAUUACAAGUGAUAUGAAAGAGUAUUUACAAGUUAUUUGCGUGGGUUGA